CUCACCACGCAUUUAGUAAACAUAACCUCUCAAGUAACUUUGGAAACAAAUCAAAACCUCUUCACAUGAACUAGCUAUGCUUUAGACACUACUGUCACGUAGCAUGUAUCAUCUUGGGAAAACCUUCAUCGGGACCUUAUCACACUGUCAGCUCUAAAUUUCAAUGAACUUCAAUUAUGGAUAAAUAUACGGUUAUUAGGACCAUUGGACAGGGUUCCUAUGGAACUGUGUACCAAGCUUGCUCCAAAAACUCUGACCAAGUUGUAGCUCUGAAAGUUAUUACCAAGCACAAAAAAAAUCAAAAGGACAUCCAGAAUUUACGACAGGAGUUUGAAAUCCAGCGCACAUUAUGUCAUCCCAAUAUCAUCCGCAUGCUAGAUUCAUUUGAAACGGAUCAUGACAUUAUUGUUGUUACUGAAUUUGCUCCUCAAGACCUCUCGCUGAAAUUAAAAGAAAAAGGACAACUCUCUGAAGAAAGUGUGAAGUCCGUUGUCUGUGAUUUGCUUUCAGCCUUGUACUAUUUGCAUUAUCACCGUGUCUUGCAUAGAGAUUUGAAGCCUCAAAAUAUUCUUGUUGAAGCUAAUGGCACUGCAAAACUGUGUGAUUUUGGUUUUGCAAGGAGCAUGAGUAUUGACACAUAUGUUUUAGUGUCUAUCAAGGGUACACCAUUGUACAUGGCUCCAGAAAUCAUUGACGGAUGCCCAUAUGAUCAUAGUGCAGAUCUUUGGUCCCUUGGUUGCAUAGUGUACGAAUGUCUUGUUGGAUCUCCCCCCUUUUACACUAAUGCCCUUUUGCGCUUAGUAAACUUGAUACAAGGAGAAAUUAAGUGGCCUAUGUCUGUGUCCCCUGAUUGCCUGUCAUUUUUACGGGGAUUGCUGGAGAAGGACCCUUCUAAGCGCUUGUCUUGGCCAGAUCUUCUUCACCAUCCCUUUGUGGAUUUUUCCAAAAUUAAUUUGGGAAAUGUUCCUUCCAAUGCUGCAGUGGUUGUGCCUCUUACUCACCCUCUGACAGCUUCCCAGGCAUUGGCAAAAGAAAAACAAAAAAAAGACUUGAUUUGCCAUCUAGCAGGAAAGCCGAGGAGUUAUGCUGAGUCUGCAAAAUAUUUAGAGCAACAAGAAAAUAAGCAUAAAGUUCUACAGGAACUGCAAUCACAUCCAAAAACAAGGGUCUGCAUGGCUAGUCCUGAAUGUGCUGAAAAUCAAACCUUAGGAAACAAUGGAACUUGUCCUAUGAUGUAUGCAGUUGGGCACAAGACACAGAAUGAUGCUGUUAUUCCUAUGCAAAAUACUCCAGAAAAAAAACUUGCUUUCCCUGGUGUUACUUUGUUGAAGGCUGAGGCUGGUGUUCAAACUUUUGAUCACAAGUCAGAUAGAAACAGUGAAAUCGUUCCUACAUUAGAUUCAGAUAAUGUUGGAGAUAAAGAUAAAAACACUAUUGAACACUUGUCACCUGUACCCACCAGUCAGGUUGAGCACUCCAAUCUAUCAACUACCAAGACUGACAAGUUUGAUGGACAGACUUUUCUUAGUUGGAUAUCAGACGACAACCCCCAACCUAUUGAGUGUGAGGAGUGGUUGGUUUUUCUUCAAAAAACUAUGGAAGAAGUCAUGGAUGGAGAGGUAGAUAUGAUGAAGCAGGAAAAUUUUAUUGCUAUGUUAGUGUCGCACCUGCGUAACCCUCAUGCAUCUAGCAAAGUUGUUGAGUAUGUGGCAUGCUUGCUCUCCUUGCCCUUUGUUGUGAAUGGUGUAAAUGAUGACGCACUUACACGGAUAAAGGAAGUUUAUCUUGUUGUUAAGGUUGUUCCAAAUCUUGUUUAUGCAUCCAAUUUACUGACUCAACACAAAAUGACAGACAACAAGCCUGAUGUAGAAGAAACUGACUCUGAUCUAGGUGCUGAUGAACUUCAAGCAAUUGAAUGCAUCUAUCUGUUGCUGUGCCACUUAACACAUCUAUCUAUUGAUUUCUUAACCCAGUUCUGUGAUGCUGUAGCCAUAUUUAAUUGUGUAGCUCUUCUACGACAGCUGUUGCUUUUAGGGCGCAGAAAAGCACGUAUUGUAGCUGAUCUACUGGCAAUUCUAGCCCAUAUUUUAAGAGUAUUACCUGAAAGUGCUCUAAUUGUUGAACAAAUUGCUCUUGGUUCUGUUGAAGGAGAGAAAGGAAAAGGCCUUAGUAGCAUCUUAAAAAACAAGACUUGCCCACUGCUGCGUUCGAGAUGCUGCCAUCUUUUAAGACAACUUGGAAAGUGCUCAUGUCGUGCUUUACAGAACGCCUGGUCACCAGGCCUCCGCUCUGCCCUAGAGAGCCUACUUAAUGACUCAAGUGAUCUUGUAAGCAAGGCAGCAGAGGAAGCUGUCAGCAAAUUGAAGUGCUUGGUAUUUUAUGAAGCACAAAGUCGCCCUAAAAGAUGAUGGCUGUCAGGGAUCUCAACUUCUAUACCUGUGAUUCUUCUCUUGCGAUUUAGACUGUAGGAGACACAUUUACUCACUGUAAGAGUAAUGAGGGUAAAAGACUGUCAAUUUUAUCUUUGCCUUUUUGUAUUGUGGCCAUUGGCAUAAAAUUUGUGAUAUUUUGUAAGAUUUUUAGCCAGUGUAGGAUACAUUACAAUUUUUAAACAUACAGUACCUCCAAUAAAAUAAAAAAAUUAAAAAAAAA